GAAUUUUCUAAGUCCAUUGUUUUCUGCCUUGUCGCAGUAGUUGCCAUGUCUGCCAUGGCUGCUGCCUUCGCUCCCACCCCUGCACUCAACGCUCUCCGCCCAGCUCUCCGUGUUCCUGCCUGCUCCUCUCUCCGCAUGUCUGCCAAUGAGGACGAUCAACCCAAGGAUCUCUCCAAGGGCAAUGACUUCAUCUCAAUCAUCAUCGACUCUGUGAAGCGCCUGUUCAAGAAGUCCGAGGACGACUAUCCUCCCGGCGAGGGCCAGGGCUUCACCAUGACCCCCAAGACUCCCCAGCGCAACAAGGGAGACUGGGGCGACAAGUGAGCCAGUUAUGAGCCACAGAGCCUCGUGUGUGUACAAAGCUCAAGUUUGCUUUCUCAUUCAUUGACUUGCAUGUAAAUUGAUCAUUAACUUGUCUA